CAUUACAUCACAUCACACAAAUGGGGCGUCUGCUGGUUGAUCAGGACGAGUAACUUCAGGUCACACCUAGAGAACUGCCAAAAAGGUUUUUUGAAUCCCAAGAUGAUGGAAGACAGCGGCCGAAGAAGAACCAUGUUAAAGGACGGCAGCUGGAUCAGACGAGAUGUUGAGGAGGACGAAGCGGUCGAUUACGAUCCAAACUUUGGUAAAUCUAUCCUGGGACGGCUGAAAUCAACAGAUGAUUCUGACAGCCCCCCGGUGAACUCUGGGACAUCCGUCAACUCUCUCACCAAACAAUUUGGUGACAGUCAGGCGCUCAAUAAAAGCAGCAUCAGCACAACAACUAAGAGCUCCGUGACGCCCCGCAAACCUCCCGUUCCGGUCAAGAAUCCAGCGGUCAAGACCUCACCUAACACAUCGAGUUUUACCGCCCGUGUUUUUUCAGGCGCGAACACAAGCAAUAAAACGGUAAAUAGUCCUGUUAAAAGAUCCUUCGGUGAGAAGUCUCCAGAGGUCACAGUCUCUCAGACGAUCAAUCGAGUAGAAAAAAACCCCAGUCCUGCACCCGUCCCACCUGUGAUUUUACCUCCACCUCCACCACCUGUGUCAUCCGUCACAUCCACCAGCUCCAGCAUGAAAGAGAUGAUUGUGAAAACACCUGUCAGUCCAUCACCUGUUAAGAGCCCAAGCAGAUAUGAAAAUGCGUCAUACUCACAAGAAUCGCCCACUUCCUCUGUGACUACUACUAAACGGAUCAUCAGCAGCUCUAGCUCAAGUUCUCUUAUAAUGGAUGAGACUCAAAGUAAAAAAACUCCAGAGAGCUCAGAGAACUUCAAGCUGAGUGAUGUCAGUUAUUCUUCAACACGCACAACUCCAUCAUCGGAGAGCCUGAGCACAACCUAUUACAGCAGUCAAAGAUCCAGUGCUCCGCUGGAUGAUCUGUCUGAUACUCUAAUCCCGAGCCGCUCUGGAAGUGUGUAUUCACAAUCGUCCCCAUCCCAUGAUGUCAGUUAUUCUUCAACACGCACAACUCCAUCAUCGGAGAGCCUGAGCACAACCUAUUACAGCAGUCAAAGAUCCAGUGCUCCGCUGGAUGAUCUGUCUGAUACUCUAAUCCCGAGCCGCUCUGGAAGUGUGUAUUCACAAUCGUCCCCAUCCCAGUCACACAUGAUGUCAGUUGAUCAGUCUCACUCAAGUGUGUAUUCACCUUCUAAAUCAUCAUCCUCAGAGUUCACCUCCAGCAGGACUGUCAGCACUCGUGAUGUUUGUUCAGUUUGUGGUAAACCCACCCCUGGAUCAGCAAAAAUGAUUCUAGAAGAUCUGCAGAUUUCCUGUCACACCUCCUGCUUCAAGUGUGCUGUAUGUCACACAGCUCUUGGGAAUCUGGAGAUUGGAAAGUCUUUGUGGGUUUACAGAGAUCGAGUAAACUGCUCAAACUGCUACAAUAAGAUCAAGGGUCAGUGGUACAACUGAGAAAACCAUGAAUAUAAACAGAGACUGCUGGCAGAAUGUAAAGAGAUUAUUCAUCCAGAUCCAGUCAAUGAGUUGUUAUUAAAUGAGGAGAUGUGUUGAUAUUUAUGAACAUUAGAGCAUGAUAAAGAUUAUUAAAGUGUUAUUCUUAUGAUUAUCAUUGGGCAAAGAUUUAAUAAUUCAUGAGCUUCAGAAUCAUAUAUAACUUUAUAUAUUCAAAUAUAUGAAUAUGGUUUAGCAGCAGCUACUUCUAUUCAUUUAAAAUAAUUUCAUUGUGAUAGGUGAGGUGAUGUGUUUAUUCAUAUUAUAAAACGGUUGUGUUUUUGCUGAUCUUGUAACUUUCUGUGUCAAAUAAACAUCAAACUCACAUUUA